GACGGUGUGCAACCGUGACCCGGACGCAGCAGGUGGAAAGGCCGAGCUCCAAAAAACUCGCAGCAGCAGGAGCAAUUAAACCCGACACUCGUCCUGCGUGCCUUCCCGUUUUGGGCUUCUUUCAAAAAACCGGGGGUGCCUUCCCGUCCCAGAAUCGUUUCAUUUCAAGUUCUUGUCGACACCGACCGCCGCGGCCUUCCUCUGCAAUUAAUACUCGCCUCUCCCUUCUUAUCUCUCCUCCCUCUCGUCUCUUCUUAGUUCUUCCGUCUGCUUGUUCUGCGAACGCCACAUAUUCCCCGCCUUCACCCAUCUCCCAGAUUUUUAAUAACUAAUCCAAGCAAUAUCCCGUCCGGGUUUUCCGACAUCGAUACAUAAUAGUAUCUACCUCACACCACCACCACCACAACAACCUCAAAUCAUCACACAUUCACCUCCCACCGCCAGUCACCAUGCGUCAGAACAUCAUCUUCGUCGCGCUCUCCGCGCUCACCGCUGCCGUCGCCGCCCAGUCGUCCAACAGCAACCUCACCGUCCCCGUCGACUCUGUUGACCCGAACACGAGGAACCAGUGGUGUGUUGCCCAGUACAACACCUGCAAGAUUCUUUGCGGCAUGUCUGUGUCGAGCAACGACUGCGACAUCACGACGCUGAAGUACGACUGCACUUGCAGCUCUGGCGAUUCCCCGGCUCUUGAGGACUACACUCAGACUGUUCCUACCUUCAUGUGCCAGACCGCCUACUCUACCUGCAUCACCAACCACGCAAACGAUGCCAUGGGCCAGGACAAGUGCAAGGCGGACAUCUUUGACAAGUGCGGUACCCAGGACCCCAACAAGGCCGUGAUCAAGACCAGCUCGUCCGCCGCCCCUGCCUCCACUUCCGCUGCCAAGCCCACCUCGUCCGCCGCCGAGACUUCCGCUGCCGCCGCUUCCUCGACCUCUGCCAGCAGCUUUGCUGCUCCCACCAACGCUGCUGCCUUCCUCGGCAACGGCGUUGCUGCUGUCGCUGCCGGUGUCUUCGCCGCUGCCCUUCUCUAAAGCGGUGCAGCGUAUGAAGGAAUGACGGACGUUUAGUACCUCGUUGCUUUCCAAAAGUUUACUUUUAGGUUUGCUUUAGAUGCGACGGCGUUGACGGUUAUUUUCAGUUCUUUGUAUCCACCCAAAGGGACCCUCUAGGAAGGCUUAUCUGGUCCGGCCGGGGACCGACCAGAUGAUCAGGCAUACAUCGCGGCGGCAGCAUC